UUCUUCGAUUCGUCACACCCGCUAAGAAUAAUCGCCGUGCAACUAAGCAAAUUUUUUCUUUUCUUUUUUAUAUAUAAAAAAUAGCGAGUGAUUUUUCUCAACAAACAAUUUUUGUUUAUUUCCUCUCAAAACCUACCUGUAUUCUCACCCCCUUUUUAUUCACCCUUCUGUUGUUACCAUCCACCAUUUUAUUCUUCCGCUAAUUUUUUAACCCCCUCCCYCCCCCCCCCCUCCCAUCAUCAUCAUUACAAUCAUCAAACACUAGGUGACAUCGACAUAUCAAUCUUUGGGAUUUUCUUUUUCUUUUCUUUUCUUUUCUUUAUUUUCUCUUUGUUUUCUUAUUUUCUCUUUUUCGUUAUUUCCGUUCACCAUCAGUAUCCACCACCACCACCAUCAAUACCAUAAGCAUUAAUACUCUACGUGUAUUUUUCUGAGUGAACGAACGAACGAACGAAUCAUUCAGUACGUGUGUUGCAAACACAUUAAAGUCGUGAAAUUAAGUGUCGUAAUACGCGCUUUGUAUAUAAUCCGAUGGGUGAGAUAGAAUUGAGAUUGUUCUCAAUUAACAAGUAGAUACAUUUUUCUCUUAGAAAGAAGAAACAAAUUUAUAUAGAAAAAUAAUAAAAAAAAGAUAUCGCAAUAUUCUAUUAAGAAAACUUAUAAGUAUACUAGUGAAUAAAUAUUUGAAGCAUCUUGUUUUUUUUUUUAUAUAAAAUAAUAAAAUAAAAUAACGAUAAUAUUAUAAAUAAUUUCUCAAUCUUCUUGUUUUUAGUUUGUUUUAUAUAAUACGAAAUUGUUUGAAAUCGAAAAGUUGAAACGUCGAAUCGAAGGUGAAUUCUCACCUGGUCCCACUUGGUAGUGUCCUCCAUUAAGGAACCACUUCUUCUUCCUCUUCCUUUUCUUAUUUUUAUUCUUCUUCUUCUUCUUCUUCUUCUUCGAGUUCUUCGAGUUUCUUAGUAGAGACAUGAGUUUCAACAGUCAAGACGACGCACCUCACGACGAAGGAAAUGUCUCGACGUACCAGUCGCAACGCGAACCGGUUACGCGCUCUUAAAAUAGUUUCUCACGCGUAGGUAACUGGUACGAGGUGUGCUCCUGUUCACUGGAAAUACGCUGAUCGAUGUGUAAGAACACGAUGACGUGCAGGAACGGGCUGAUGAUGAUGAUCACCGCCGUGUUUACCAUAGGAAUUCUUCUUCUGGUUACUAAAACCGAUUACUCGGAAGCCUGCAACGAAGCCAUUUGUGCAAGCGUCGUUAGCAAAUGCAUGCUCACACAAAGUUGCAAAUGCGACCUCGUCACCUGUACUUGCUGCAAAGAGUGUUUCUCAUGUUUAAGUUAUCUAUAUGACGAGUGUUGUUCUUGCGUUGAUCUCUGCCCAAAACCGAACAUCACGGACAACCCGUUGAGCAAAAAAUCCCACGUGGAAGAUUUCAGCGAACCGGUACCAGGUCUCUUUCAAGCACUCACAGCAGAACCGGAUCCUCGCGAACGUUGGCUAACCUUUAGCUUCCCAGUCGAUUUUGAUAUGACCUUGUUUGCGCCAAAACAAGAUAAAGAAAUCAAAUAUCACAUGCAAACUGCUGACGAAGUGAUGCAUCCUUUGAAACCAAACGUGAUGACUGUAAAUUGUACCGUCGCGUUUAUGGCACAAUGCAACUCAUGGAACAAGUGUCGAGCUUCCUGUCAAAGUAUGGGUGCAAACAGCUAUAGGUGGUUCCACGAUGGUUGCUGUGAGUGUAUCGGUGAUACGUGCAUUAAUUAUGGUAUUAAUGAAUCCAGGUGUAUCCAUUGUCCAUUGGAUAAAGAAGAGGAUAAUUUAAAAGAUCAAUACGAUGAUUUUGGUCAGGACGAGGAUGAAUUGGUCGAAGAUGAGGUCGAUUAAAUUUUAAUUAUUAAUAGUGAAUAAUGUACCGAACGAACUAUAUGCGAAAAAAAAAACUAUUCGCGUUAAGUGCAAUUUUUCAUAAUAUCAACAAUUAUCCCCUUAUCAUUGUAUUCUACCAAUGAUAAUUUAAUCUCACAAUGUGUGAAAACAAUUUAACAAGUUUAAUCCUUAUCAAAGGAACUUGGUGGUUUUCUUAUUAAACGAUCCAAUAAUUAUUUAUAGGAUAUGAAAACUUUUAUUGCGACAGGACAAUCUAAUUAGAUUAUAUUUUUAAUCUUUUAACGUGAUUUUUUUUUUUAAAUAGCAUAAGAAUUUCACGUGAAUUGUUUUCCUUCCUUCCUCUUUUCUUUUUCUUUUCAAUUCAAUUCGACGAAAAAAUACGAUAUGACCCGUCCCGAGGAAUCAAAGUUCGUUGGUAUUUUAACGAUCGAAUAAAUAAUAGAAAAUGAAUUUUUAAUGUGCGCUUUGUUUUUUUUUUGUUUUUCUUUUAAAUCAAACACUAUCUUAUUGUUAGUGAGUCAAACAUUCGUGACUCGUCACUGUACAUGACUGCAGCGACAUAACAUACACAAAGAAAAGAAUUACUUAAUUCAAAUUAUCUAAUAUGUGUAUUUUAAUUUACCGAUAAUCCGAAUAUCAUAUGUUUUAUCCAUUAUUAUACUGUGCCAUACGAAUAAAAUUGUAAAUACGUCAUCAAUA